AGAUUAAAAAAUAAACUAUAAAUACGCAAUUCUGUAACCAUUGUGUGCUCAUUAAACAAGUGUGACUUUGGCUGUGUCUGAAUUAAGUGUAUAAUGUCCUAUUGGUCUAUACUGUGCUUGGCUGCAGCGGCGGCCGGCUGCAGCGGCGCUGUGAUUGGCUCGCUCGGCACCAAUAGCAGCGCCGAGCCCAGCGACCGGGACACCGCAGGGACGUCCUUCAAGCUGUACACCAAGUCCAAUCCGAACUCACCGGUCGUCAUUACUGCAGCCAAUCUGAGAGCAGUCAAAAAUUUCGUCGCAAGCCGAGAAACCAAAAUUGUCGUACACGGCUGGCAGAACUCUGCCGAACAUCUUGACAGCAUCAGAGAAGCCUACGUGCGGUCGGGCGGCGACUACAACAUCGUGAUGGUGGACUGGUCGGUGGGCGCGGCCAGCAACUACGUGAGCGCGCGCCGCCUGGUGCUGGUGGUGGGCGAGACGCUGGCCGAGCUGGUUGACGCCAUGGUGCAUGAGGGCGCCAGCCUGGGCCGCGUGCAGAUAGCAGGCCACAGCCUGGGCGCGCACAUCGCCGGCAUCGCCAGCAGCAAGGUCAAGGCCGGCAAGGUGGCGCGCGUCAUAGGUCUGGACCCGGCGGCCCCCGGCUUCGGCACGGUGGCGGCGGCCGGACGCCUGGACAAGACGGACGGGCACUUCGUGGAGGUGAUCCACACGGACGCCGGCGCCCUGGGCUGGUCCGACCCGCUGGGACACGCCGACUUCUACCCCAACGGCGGGCGCAUGGUGCAGCCCGGCUGCUCUGCGGUGGCGUGCAGUCACGGGCGGGCCAACGAGUUCUUCGCCGAGUCCAUCACGACGGGCAGCGGCUUCUGGAGCCGGCAGUGCGGCAGCUGGUCCACCUUCUCGGCCAACCGGUGCUCCAACAAUGCGGAGACCGUCAUGGGCGACAAGACGCCCUCCAGUGCGUCUGGAACCUUCUUCCUGAAGACCGGAAGAUCUUCGCCUUUCGCUUUGGGCAAGACGGGAGCGUAACACGUCUGUUCGGCACUCAGUCUGUUCUUAUAAAUAAAGAGUACAUUGUGCAUACACUUCUAUACUUUUCACAUCAAUUGGACAAAAUUGUUUGUAAUUUACUGUAUAAAUUUUUGAAUUAAAAUGACUGAAUAAUAUGUAA